AUGUGUGCGCGGGCGGCAGUAGUGGCGGUCUGGCGGUCGCGGGACGCGGGUCUCUGGACAGAGUCACGAUUGUCUUGCGCGUGAACAACAACUGUAACUGGAAAGGCAACCCGAAGAUCCCCACGUUCGGAAGGUUCGGUUAUCGGUUUUGUUUGUAUUUUUUUUUUUUAGAGGUUGUUGCGCAUAUAUGAAAUCCGCUUAAAGGUUUCUGAUAAGUUUUGCGCGUGUAAACAUACCUGUUUAUUUUUUCCCGUAGUUACGGACUCACUGGUCGAAUAAGAGGCAGUUUUGUUUUCUCGCGUUACGGUUGCGAGGACGAGCGCUGUCGUCGUUUAACUAAUAAUAACUUAAGCUCGGUGCCAGUAACAGUAUCUUCCAGGUCAGCGCGCGGUGUGCGCGCGAUGGUGCCAUAGCGCUUCCUCUGCCGAACCUGUUAUUCAGCUGUAAGAAGAGGGGAGUACUACGCUCUGAAGCGUUUAUCGUUUUCCACUGAAAUCUGUUGCUAAGGCAACGGUGUAGCUUUCCAGUCGCAGCUCGUUUUCCCAGCGCACGAGACCUGUUGUUUUCUCCGGAAGUUUGGUUCUUCCUUCUCUGCGGUAUUCUUGCGGGGAUUUUUCUGAGAAACCGCUCGCGGGACUGAGUGACGACAUGCCUGUUCCUCCGCCCCCACCACCUCCCCCGCCCCCACCCUUCUCUGCAGGAGCUCCGCCGGCCCGCGCAGACCCCCCUAAACCUCCUCCCUCGGACGGGGGGGGCAGGGGUGCUCUCCUGGCUGACAUCCAGAAAGGAGCCCGGCUCAAGAAGGUCGCACAGGUCAACGACCGCAGCGCGCCCGUCAUCGACAAGCCCAAAAGCAGCAGUGCGGAGACAUCCUCUGGGGGGUCGGUUGGCCCCGCCCCCUCGCUGGGGGGUUUGUUUGCGGGGGGGUUCCCUGCACUACGGCCCGCAGGUCAGAGAGACUCAGCUGCGCGCUCAGGCUCAUCUCCAGUCCCCAGGCAGCCACGGUGGAGCCCCCCAGUGGCUGAGAGUGGACAUGGCGCUGAGAGAGCAAGUCCAGUGCGCACACCCCCAGCGACAUCCCCACCCGUCUUAAACAAGGCCACGCCGCCAGCUCCAUCCACACCAGCUCCGCCCCCUCCUCCUCCAUCCCUCCAGGACCGACCAGCCAAACCUCCACCUGCACCCUCCGGCCCGCCCCCUCCCCCACCCCCACAGACCACCAAGCCCACCUGGCUCCCUGUGCCAGUUCACGCCCUUCCCCAGCCCAGUACCCCACCCCCCCCAGCCCCGCCCCCACCCCCACCCUCUGACCUACCCCCUCCACCGCCCCCCCUCCUGUCUGACUCCAGGAGAAACGGUCAUCGGGACGUUCAGCUGGGACCGCCUCCACCUCCCCCGCCCCAACCUCACCCCCCCCUGCCCAAAGUGCCCCCUAUCCCCUCACCUUCCCUCAGGUCGGGGGGUUUCCCCCUGCCCCCGUCUUACCCCUGCUCCGUCCCCGCACCGAGCCGACGCCCACCCGCCGUACCCAGGUCAGCAGGGAGACUGGCUCCGCCCCCUGCCCCCCCUGCGAGGUCCCCCAGCACCGAGCUGUCCAGCCGGACUCCGCCCCCACCUCCUCCUCCUCCUCCUCCUCCUCCAUCUUCAGCCCUGAGAAAUGGCCACCUGCACAGCCUGGAUGACUUUGAGUCCAAGUUUCAGUUCCACCCAGUCGAUGACUUCCCCCCACCAGAAGAUUUCAAACCUUUUCCCCGAAUUUACCCCAGCAAAGCAGGCAGAGAGAACCCCAAACCCCCUGGUGUCAGGACGCACAUGCGAUGAGACGUGGCAGGAAGUGUCGGAGUCUGCCCCUUGGCCCCGCCCCCUGACCCCACCCUGUGACCCCGCCCCCUGACCCCACCCUGUGACCGCACCCCGUGACCCCCACCGCAGCGGGCGGGACAGAAGAUCACGUGACACCUGCGCAUCAAAGACUCCACAGUGGGGGGGAGGUUCUGCUCACGGAUGCCCUGCUCUGAUUGGCCGAUUUGAUCCGACUGCUGCAACGUUAGCCCUCGCUUGUCAGUCUCAUAACCACACGGUGCUCGGCCCCUGUCCCAGGCGAGAUAAGCUUUGCAAAUAAACCCACGUUCGGAGCUCAACGUCCCAUUCUGCUCAGUGUGGAGAUAUUCCACUGACGGCCACGCCCGGCUGGCUCUCGGCCGUGGGGAGGAGUCGUUUCACUGAGGUGACCUUUGACCUUGGGACUUGUGAGCAGCCACGGCUGGGCGGGGUGCAGUCCCACGGCAGAGAGAGAAAUCACGGUCACACAGCCGUACAGCAACAAAAUCACCUCCUGCACGUCUGUAACAACCAGCUCUGUGAUUGGUCAGGAGAUUUACAGGAGCGUGGUGCUGAUUGGCUGCGCCUCCUCAUACUGCACUAGGAUUGGCCGGGCGUAAGAACAGAUCCCCCGAAUUGGCACGCAGGGUUCCACUGCUUGCGUUCUUACAGUAGCUCUGUGGAGAAAGGCCUGCCUUCUCUGGGACAGGACGAUACGAGAAAGGCCGAGAGUUUCUCUCCUGUUCUCUCUCCUCCCCCCCCCAUUCUUCCGGAACAUUCCAAAUGCGACAGACCCUUUCAUUAAAGUGAGAAAGAGUGCUGGGAACCUCCCCCUGCACCUCCACCUGCCCUGCGGAACCUGCUUUUAAAACAGCCCUCUUCUUUCGGUUUCACAGGUGAAGAAAGUCGGACGCGUUGCAUUUUGCUUCCUCGUUUUCUUUUUCUUGGAAAAUAUAUAUAUUUUUUUCAAAAACAGACCUCAACACUGCCACCUCCUGGACGCAGUUCACCAUCGCAACAAAACGCACUGCCUGAGACACAGAGUAACAGUUGUGACAUGACUAAAAUGUUAAACGCUCAACUGGAAAAACCGGAAAGCAUACCACAUGUGUAUCGAAGUAAAAACAUUAAACUGCUCUGAAGAAUGA